UGCAACAACACUACACUCUUCUUAAAGCUUCAUCCAUCCAACACUGUUUGUUUAUGCUUGGAACUACACCUUCACUUCCAUAUUCUGCUUCCACUUAUUUAACAUAAAACUUCUCAUCAUGCAAACCUAAUCAGUUAGCUUAGAAAAUAUGCAAAGCUUCAACAUAACCGAAUCAGAAUCAACCUCACCCCUCUAUUCCCAUUCUUCCUUCUUUCACCGGGGAAAUGACACGAGCCGAAAUCCCACGCGUUUCGCGGAUCUUCAACAUUGUUUUCGACAACACGAUGCUGUUGAUUUAAGCUCAAGUUCUGUGUUUGGUGCAAAGUCGAGCAAUGUGGCUGUUGUUGCAAGCAACUUGCAGCGUGGGACAUUCAACACGAACCUUGGUUGUGCGGAAUUUGCUUCAGCAGUUGCAGGGUGCAUUGAGGCAGAGAAGCAACCCAUGUUCCAGAGAGGAGGCACUAACGCCACCAUGCCACUGGGGGACCAGCACGUUGAGAAUUGGGCAGAUGAUAGCCAACACACUGAAGAUACUUGCACUGAUAUUGAUAAUGAUGAUAAGAACCAAUGUUACUCUACUGUGUCUUGGGGCAAUGGAGUUGGGGAUGGGGCACUAGUAGUUGUGGACUCGCAGGAUCAAUGUAAGACUAAGGCUAAAGCUGAAGACCAGAAGACUAUACGUAGGCUAGCUCAGAAUCGGGAGGCUGCAAGGAAGAGUCGGUUGAGGAAAAAGGCAUAUGUGCAACAAUUGGAGAACAGUCGAGUUAGGCUUGCUCAAUUAGAGCAAGAACUUCAACGUGCACGUCAACAGGGCGUAUCUAUUGCAACUGGAAUCACGGGGGAUCGUGGUCAUUCAGUUGUUGGAAAUGGUGCUUUAGCAUUUGAUAUGGACUAUUCCCGUUGGGUUGAUGAGCAUCAACGGUUGAUCAAUGACAUAAGAUCAGCUAUAAACUCUCAAAUGGGUGAUAAUGAACUGCAUCUUCUUGUUGAUGGAGUCAUGGCACAUUAUGAUGAAUUAUUUAGGAUAAAGAGCAUAGGAGCAAAGGCUGAUGUAUUUCACAUACUGUCUGGGAUGUGGAAGACACCUGCAGAAAGAUGCUUCAUAUGGCUGGGUGGAUUUCGUUCAUCUGAACUUCUCAAGAUAGUUAGAAACCAGCUUGAGCCGUUAACCGAACAGCAGUUGAUGGGCAUAUAUAAUCUGCAGCAGUCUUCCCAGCAGGCUGAGGAUGCAUUAUCACAAGGCAUGGAAGCGUUGCAGCAGUCUCUUUCAGAGACACUCUCCUCAUCCUCCCUAGGGCCCUCAGGUUCUGGAAAUGUUGCCGAGUACAUGGGCCAAAUGGCUAUUGCAUUGGGCAAGCUUGCCACCCUUGAGAGUUUCCUUCAUCAGGCUGACCUCUUGAGGCAACAAACACUGCAACAGAUGCGUCGAAUUUUGACCACGUUCCAAGCUGCUCGUGCUCUACUUGUCAUAAAUGAUUACGUUUCACGUCUUAGAGCUCUUAAUUCAUUAUGGUUAGCGUGCCCUAGAGAGUACUAGGUGCUACACUGAGUCUGAGAGCAAUCCUUGUUUCCUGCGAUCUAAUCUUUGAAGAUUGGUAAUUACUGCAUCUUGAUACGUACAAGUUUUUACAGCUGAGAAAUCUUGUAUAUUAUUGACAUAUUUAAGCGGUUUUACUGCCAGUGUUAUUACGCGUAGAAGUAGAAGUACGUAGGCGUUGAUGUUAAUUAUUGUCACCUUUCCACUGACGCUACCAGACAAUAUCACUGCAAAUAACUUUAUGAAGCAUGACUUUAUUGAUUGAUGUAA